AUCUUUUUUCCUUUUUCUAAAUUCACUCACAAAUCUCUGUUUUGUUCAGCUAGGGUUUCACCGAAAGUACUAGCAGAUACCCUUCUUCAUCAGCUUCAUAUUUCGUCUCCAUUCGUCGAUUCAUCUUCAUGGCGCAACCAGCAGCAGUUCGAUCGUUUCUGCAAGUAGCGGUCACUGAAGAAGUCGCUUCCCCGCUCAGAGUCGUUCAGAUCGAAGGACUGGCUAUCUUAAAGAUUAUAAAGCAUUGCAAGGAGUUUUCACCUUCGCUUGUCACAGGUCAACUCCUUGGGUUAGAUGUUGGCAGUGUGCUUGAAGUCACCAAUUGUUUUCCCUUCCCUAUUCGCGAGGAAGACGAGGAGAUUGAAGCAGAAGGUGCUAAUUAUCAGCUCGAGAUGAUGAGAUGCUUGAGAGAGGUUAAUGUUGACAAUAACACUGUUGGAUGGUACCAGUCAACUUUACUAGGCUCUUUUCAGACAGUGGAGCUUAUAGAGACUUUCAUGAAUUACCAAGAGAACAUAAAGCGAUGUGUUUGCAUCAUUUAUGAUCCCUCCAAGUCCAACCAAGGUGUCCUAGCAUUGAAGGCCUUGAAGCUUUCUGAUUCAUUCAUGGAACUUUAUCGCAACAAUAAUUUUACUGGAGAGAAGCUGCGGGAGAAAAAUCUGUCAUGGGUGGAUAUAUUUGAGGAGAUUCCAAUUAAGGUCUCCAAUUCUGCUCUUAUUAGCGCCUUCAUGACUGAACUUGAGGCCGACACACCUGUCGCCCAGUGUGACUAUGACAGGCUACAAUUAUCAACAAAUCCGUUUAUGGAGAGAAAUGUUGAAUUCUUAAUUGAAUGCAUGGAUGAUUUGUCAAUGGAACAACAGAAGUUCCAAUAUUACUACAGAAAUCUAUCACGUCAGCAAGCACAACAGCAAUCAUGGCUGCAGAAGAGAAGGGCUGAAAACAUGUCACGAAAAGCUGCAGGAGAAGAGCCAUUGCCUGAGGAGGAUCCCUCAAAUCCAAUUUUCAAGCCAAUUCCGGAGCCACCGCGGCUUGAUAGUUUCCUUAUAACAAAUCAAAUUUCCAACUACUGCAACCAAAUUAAUGGUGUUGCAGGACAAAGUUUCAGCAAGCUGUAUUUGAUGAAAGCUUUGCAAGAGGAUUAGGAGAUCUGUUCUAAAGAAAAUAGAUUUGUGGUUCAGUGAGGCAUCAGUUGGAGAUGAAUUUUUUCUGCUCGAACAUAGUUCCAGAUCAGCAGGUUGUGCCAUUUUGUUUUAUCCAUACUCUUGUAUGGUCCUUUGUGUCCGAUUGCAUCCAUUAAAACAACAGCAUAGUCAACUUCGUGAAAAAAAUUUUGAAUAUGCAUAGUUUGUACUUCAGCGAUCUAUCGAAUUUGAAACACAGUUUUAACUUAACUGCACCCUCUUCUUGUUUAUGUAAUUUGUCUUGUCAUU